UCUUAAACAUGGUUAGAGUUGUGUUCAUAGCUACGAGGAGGGACUGGGAGAGAGUCUGAGUGAGUGGAGAACAGUAUAAUUUGUACAACAUAGGAGGGAAGCCAGAGAGAAGAAUGAGGAAUCUGAUGUCUGUCAACCUCAGCCUCCUCUGUGCUGUGAUCUGUGUGAUGUCAGCAGUGAUCACAAAGAGAGGGACAGAAGGAGGAAAUGACACCAUUCAGUGUCCUUAUGACCGGAGGUUUGAGACACACCAGAAGUACCUCUCUAAAGGGAUCUGGGCCAACCGGGUUGAUGUGAUCAAAACCCAAACCCAUCAGCACCCAGCGUGGACUCAUAAAGGGAGAUUCUCUCUGUAUGACGACACAGAGAGAAGAGUCUUCACUGUGACCAUCACUAACCUGGUCCCAGAGGAUUCAGGGACCUACUGGUGUGAAAUAAACACAUGGUGGUGGUAUCACAAGACUGAAGUCAGGAUCACUGUGGACAGAGCUCCUGUUCCUCCCAACCCUGACUCCAUCAUCUCCAGACCUCUCCUCUCCACGACACACCCAUCAACACACAUCACCAUGGCAACUGACUCCUCAAACUCCACAGCAGGUAUAUUGCCCUCAGUAGAACUACUCUCUAAAGCCUACACACUUAUCUGUAGGCUUACAUCUCUCUCUCUCUCUCCAUGUAUCUUUGUCCCUCCUCUGUCGUCUCUCUCUCUUUCUGUCUUCCUUUAG